AUGGAGCUAAAGGUCUCGUGCGCGAGGUUUGGGAGGCCUCCUGACAAGAACAAGCCGCAGCCGCGCUUUCCAGGGGUCUCUGCCACUUUCGACCCUGCGGCAGCCCUGGUGGUCUACACGGACAUCUUGAAGAAAGAGAAGGCUUUGCUAGCCGAAGGUCUCUUGAUGGAAGAGCGCGUGUCCAAGGCCAAAAUGCGAACCCAGCGAGGUCUUGCCGACCCUGUAGUAGCCGUGCAGAAGCAGCUGAGUGAUCUACUGCCAGGCUACGCUUCAUUGGGUGACUUUUGCCAGCACUUUGGGUACCGUCGGCAUCCUACCUCGGGCAGUUUCGUGAGGGAAGACUCCAGCAGCACGCUCUCGGCCCGGAUACCAGAGGAUGCAGCAUCUCCUCUGCUGGAUGCUCAGCCAGAGCUGCUUUCGUCAGGCAGUUGCGGAAGCUGGAACGCAUUCCAUCAAGGCCAGCGCCCUCCGUGCCUUCAGUGCCCUCCGUGCCCUCUGUGCCUUCAGUGCCAUUGGCGAGAAGCCGCUCAACGCCCUCCGCCCUUGCCAGAGUGCAGCCUCCAAUGGGAGAUGCAGAGUGCGAAGAGCGCGGACACCAGGGCCGCCAGGAUAAUUUGGGUCGCCGUGAAGGCCAAGGAAGCUUAA